CUAAAUUUUUACACUUAUACUCAGGAUAUGCUUAAGGGAGAACGAUGAUUUUUAAUAUUUAAUGAAUGUUAAUAAAUCUGCGAAUUACUUAAACCCACAAAACCCAGGAACCUCGCCGUCCCCCCGGGUCUCCUCGCAGUCCCGCCCCGACGCUCGACCCUCCCAUUCGUCCCUCCCUCUGGGCCCGGGCCCCGCCCACUCCGGGCUUCGCCGGGGGCGGAGGCAACGUCGUGCGCACGCGCAGGCCGUGCUGCGGCCCCUUGGAGCGCCGGAAGCCCGCAGUGGCGGAGGCCCGCAGCGCCGGAACCUCAGAGGCGGGUCGCAGCGGCGCAGAGGAGGGCUGAAGAAGAUGCAGAGCAGCCUGAAGCUGGUGGACUGUAUCAUCGAGGUCCACGAUGCCCGGAUCCCACUUUCAGGCCGCAACCCUCUGUUUCAGGAAACCCUUGGGCUUAAGCCUCACUUGCUGGUCCUCAACAAGAUGGACUUGGCGGAUCUUACAGAGCAGCAGAAAAUUAUGCAACACUUAGAAGGAGAAGGCCUAAAAAAUGUCAUUUUUACCAACUGUGUAAAGGAUGAAAAUGUCAAGCAGAUCAUCCCGAUGGUCACCGAACUGACUGGGAGAAGCCACCGCUACCACCGAAGAGAGAACCUGGAGUACUGUAUCAUGGUCAUUGGGGUCCCCAACGUGGGCAAGUCCUCCCUCAUCAACUCCCUCCGGAGGCAGCACCUCAGGAAAGGAAAAGCCACCAGGGUGGGUGGCGAGCCUGGGAUCACCAGAGCUGUGAUGUCCAAAAUUCAGGUCUCUGAGCGGCCCCUGAUGUUCCUGUUGGACACUCCUGGUGUGCUGGCUCCUCGGAUUGAAAGUGUGGAGACAGGCCUGAAGCUGGCCCUGUGUGGAACGGUGCUGGACCACCUGGUCGGGGAGGAGACCAUGGCUGACUACCUGCUGUACACCCUCAACAAACACCAGCGCUUUGGUGUCCAGUUGGACAAGUUCGAGAGUAUGGCUAUACGUCUGUGAAAGCAACACACAAUCAAGAAAACGAGUGUUCCUGUCACCCCCAGUCCCUGCUCCUCUUUCGUGAAAUCAAGGAAAUGAACGUUCCCGUCACCCCCCCGUCCCUGCUCCUCCUCCGUGAAAUCAAGGAAACGAGCGUUCCCGUCACCCCCAGUGCCUGCUCCUCCUUUGUGAAAUCAAGGAAACGAGCGUUCCCGUCACCCCCAGUCCCUGCUCCUCCUUCAUGAAAUCAAGGAAACGAGCGUUCCCGUCACCCCCAGUCCCUGCUCCUCCUUCAUGAAAUCAAGGAAACGAGUGUUCCCGUCACCCCCAGUCCCUGUGCUCCUUCGUGAUCACACCUUCCUGCCCCUCCCCAAGCCCAGGCAGCCGUCUUCUGUCCGUGUAGGUUGCUUUGGGUUUUCUAGAAUUCCACGUAGAUGGAAUCACACAGGAUGUGCACUCUUGUUGAUCUGUCACUCGGCACGAUUGUUGUGUGAUCCCCGUGUGUCGUAGCGUGUUGUCUGUCAUCCUUUUUGUUGCCAGGCGGUUUCAGUGUCCAGGUGCGCUGCAGUCUAUCCCUUCACCCGUUGAUGGAUAUGUGGGUUGUUUGCAGGUUUUGGCUAUUGCAGAUAAAGCUGCUGUGAACAUUCAUGUACCAACAGGUCUUUGUGUAGACCCGGGCUUUCGUUUCCCUUGGGUUAAUACCUAGGAGUAGAGUGGCCGGAUCAUAGGGGAGGCAUAUGUUUGAGUUUUUAAGACACCGCCACAUUGUUUUCCAAGGUAGUUACACUGUUUUAUAUGCCGGCAAGCAGGGAAUGAGUCCUUCAGUUUCUCUAAGAUCAGUCUUUAACUUUGGCCUGACGGGUGGGCGUGUAGAGGUGUCGCAUAGCAUUUCAAUUUGCAUUUCCCUGAUGACAGUGACGUUGAGCAUCUUAGUGUGCUUAUUUGUCAUCCCUCUCUGGGGAAAUGUCUGUUCAAAUCCUCUUCCCUUUUUUUUUUUUUAACUGACUUGUUUCUUUCCUUAUUGCUAAGUUUUAAUCUUUUUUUUUUUUUUUUUUUUUUUUUUUGAGACAGGGUCUCAGUUACCCAGGCUGAAGUGCAGUGGUACAGUCUCAGCUCACUGCAGCCUGACCUCCUGGGCUCAAGUGAUCCUCCCACUUCAGCCUCCCAAGUAGCUGAGACUACAGGCGUGUGCCACCACACAUAGCUGAUUUUUGUAUUUUUUGUAGAGACAGGGUUUCCCCAUGUUGCCCAGGCUGGUCUUGAACUCCUGGGCUCAAGGGAUCUGCCCGCCUCAGCCUCCCAAAGCAUUAGGAUUAUAGGCAUGAGGCACCAUGCCCAGCCUGUAAUCUUUUUCUAAUAUAUUCUGGAUGCAAGUCCUUAAUCAGAGAUACGGUUUGUAAAUACUUUCUUUAAGUCUGUGCCUUGUCUUUUCAGCCCUCUUAACAGUGUCUUCCGAGGAGCGGAAUUGUUAAUUUUCAUGCAGUCCAGUUUAUCAGCUAGAUCUUUUCCAGAGUACUCUUGUUGUCAUAUCUAAGAAAUCUUUGCUUAAACCAGGGUCACAAGGGUUUCCUCAUUGAAGAUAGAUGGUUUUAGGUUUUACAUUUAGGGCUAUGAUCCUUUUUGAUUUUUUGGUAUAUGGUACAAGCUGCAGAUUGAAGUUCUUUUUUUUUUGCACAUGGAGAACCGGUUGUUCCGGAAACAUCUGUUGCAAAGACUGUCUUUUCUCCGCUGAAUUGUCUUUGCAUCUUUGUCGCAAAUCAGUUGUCCAUAUAUACGUGGGUCUGUUUGUGGACUCUAACUGUGUCACUUUUCUGUGUGACCGACCGUCUUGGUAACUGCUUCUAAUUUAGUAUGAGACUUGAAAUCAGGCAGUGCUGGUACCCCCCACUCUUCUUUGUCAAAAUUGCUUUGUCUUUUCCUGGUUCUUUGCAUUCUCAUGCAUUUUUCAGUCACUUUGUCAGUUUCUACAAAAAUCCCUGUGUUUCUUGAGGCCGGGUGGCAGAUUCCCCUGAAUUUAUAGGUCAGUCUGGGGAAGAAUUGACAAUAUUGUAACACUGAGUCUCUGACCCGUAAAUACAGUGUAUCUCUUCAUUUAUUUUCUUUAGUUUUUCUUUGCAGUGUUUUGUAGUUUACAGUACUAGGUUUUUUAUACCUUUUGUAAGAUUUAUAUUGAACUCUUUUUUAAACUUUUAAUGCUAAGAUUUAUCUUUUGAUACAAAGUAGAUGUUUUCAGGGUACCUAUGAUAUUUUGAUGCAUUCAUACAAUGUGUAAUGAUCAUAUCAGGGUAAUUGGGAUAUCCAUCAUCCCAAACAUUUAUCUUCAUGCUGGAAACAUUUGAAUUGCUCUCUUCUGGUAUUUGAAAUAUACUGUAGAUUCCUGUUAACUGUAGUCACCCUACCGAACUAUUCAUUAAUCAACCUCUGUUCAUCCCCUCUUCCCCCUCACCUCUGGUAAUCACCAGUCUGCUCUCUGUCUUAAUGAAGUCCACAUUUUUAGCUCCCACAUUUGAGUUAGAACAUGCAUUAUUUGUCUUUCUGUGCCUGUUUAUUUCACUGAACAGAAUGACCUCCAGUUCUGUUUGUAUUACUGCAAAUGACAAGAUUUCAUCCUUUGUUAUGGCUAAUAUUUCGUUGUGUUUUAUGUACCACAUUUUCUGUAUCCAUCAUCCUUUGAUGGACGCUUAGGUAGAUUGCAUAUCUUGGCUAUUGUGAGUAGUGCUGCCGUGAGCAUGGGAGUGCAGUAUUUCUUCAGUAUAUUGAUUUCCAUUCUUUUGGGUCUAUACCCAGUAGUGGGAUUGCUGGAUCCUAUGGCAGUUCUAUUUGUAGUGUUUUGAAGAACCUCCGUACUGUUUUCCAUAGUAGCUGUACUAACUUACAUUCCCACCAACAGUGUACGACGGCUCCCCUUUCUGCACAUCCUCAACAGCAUCUGCUAUUCCCUGUGUUUUUUAAUAAAAGCCAUUUUAACUAGGGUGAGAUGAAAUCUCAUUGUGGUUUUGAUUUGCAUUUCUCUGGUGAUUAGUCAUGUUGAGCAUUUUUUCAUACACUUGUUGGCCAUUUGUAUGUCUUCUUUUGGGAAAUAAUUAUUCAGAUCUUCUGUCCAUUUUUAAAUAGUUAUGUGUUUUUUUUGCUGUUGAGUUGAAUUGCUUAUAUAAUCUGGUUAUUAAUUCCUUGUUGGGUAGUUUGCAGAUAUUUUCUCCUAUUCUGUAGAUUAUCUUGUCAGUGCUUUGAUAGUUUCGUUUCUUGCUUCGGGUCUUGCCGUGCCGUCCAGGCUGAGUGCAGUGGUGCGAUCACAGCUCACUGCAGCCUCGAACUCUUGGGCUCAAGAGAUCCUCCUGCCUCAGCCUCCCAAGUAGCUGGGAUUAUAGGCACGUACCACCAUGCCUGGCUUGCUGAUUGUUUCCUUUGCUGUGCAGAAGCUUUUCAGCUUGAUGAAAAUUUUUUACAUUUGCCUAUUAUUAUUAUUAUUUUUGCUUUUGUUGCCUGUGCUUUUGAGGUCUUAUACAAAAAAAAUCUGGCCCAGACCAAUUUCCAGAAGCGUUUCCCUUAUGUUUUCUUCUAGCAGUUUUGAAGUUUCAGGUCUUAGAUUUAAGUCUUUUUUUUUUUUUUUUUUUUUGAGAAGGAGUCUCGCUCUGUCACCCAGGCUGGAGUGCAGUGGCACGAUCUCGGCUCGCUGCAACCCCUGCUUCCUGGGUUCAAGCAGUUCUCUGCCUCAGCCUCCCAAGUUGCUGGGACUGCAGGUGCCCGCCACCAUACCUGGCUAAGUUUUAUAGUUUUAGUAGAGACGGGGUUUCACCAUCUUGGCCAGGCUGGUCUUGAACUCCUGACCUCGUGAUCCACCUGCCUUGGCCUGUAAUAGCCACCGCACCCGGCCAGAUUUAAGUCUUUAAUCCCUUUUGAUUUGGUUUUGUGUAUUGUGAGAGAUGGGGUGUAGUUUCAUUCUGCCUGUGGUUAUCCAGUUUAACCAGCACCCUUUAUGGGAGAGACUGUCCUUUCCCCAGUGUAUGUUCUUGGCACCUUUGUCGAAAAUGAGCUGGCUCUAAAUGUCUGGAUGUAUUUCUGGGUUCUCUGGUCUGUUCCACUGUUCUGUGUAUGUGUUUUAUGCCAGUAGCAUGCUGUUUUUGGUUACUACGAAUAUUUUGAAGUCAGGUAGUGUGAUGCCUCCAGCUUUGUUCUUUUUGCUUCAGGUUUGCUUUGGCUGUUUGGGGCCUUUAGUGGUGCCAUACAAAUUUUAGGAUUGUUUUUCUAUUUCUUUGCAGAGUGUCAUUGCUAUUUUGAUAACGAUUGCAUUAAAUCUGUAAAUUGCUUUGGGUGGUGACAUUUUAACAGUAUUCUUCUGACUGAUAAGCAUGGAAUAUCUUUCCAUUUUUUAUGUGUCCUCUUCAAUUUCUUUUAUCAGUGUUUUAUAGUUUUCCUUGUAGAGAUCUUUCACUUCUUUGGUCAGAUUUAUUCCUAGGUAUUUUAUAUUUUUGUAACUAUUAUAAAUGGGAUUUUCUUGAUUUCUUUUUUUUUUUCGAGAUGGGGUUUCGGUCUUGUUGCCCAGUCUGGAGUGCAAUGGCGUGAUCUUGGCUCACCGCAACCUCCGCUUCCUGGGUUCAAGCGAUUCUGCUGCCUCAGCCUCCCGAGUAGCGGGGAUUACAGGCAUGUGCCACCACUCCCGGCUCAUUUUUUGUAAUUUUAUUAGAGAUGGGGUUCCUCCAUGUUGGUCAGGCUGGUCUCAAACUCUUGACCUCAGGUAAUCCUCCUGCCUUGACCUCCCAAAGUGCUGGGAUUACAGGCGUGAGCCACCGUGCCUGGCCUGAUUUCUUUUUCCAGUUACCUGCUGCUGAUUUUUUUAUGUUGGUUUUGAAUUCUGCAACUUUACUGAAACCUUUUUAUCAGUUCUAAUAGUUUUUUGGUGGAGUCUUUCAGUUUUUCCCAAUAUAAGAUUGUCAUCUAUGAAUAAGGAUAAUUUUGACUUCUUCCUCUCCAAUUUGGGUGACUUUUAUUUCUUUCUCUUGCCUAAUUGUUCUGGGUAGGACUUCCAGUAUUCUGUUGAAUAAAAGUGGUAGAAAUGGGCAUCUGUGUGUUGUUCCAGAUCUUGGAGAAAAGCUGUUUCUCCUUGUUCAAUAUACUGUUGGCUGUGGGCUUGUCAUGCGUGGCCUUUAUUGUUUUGAGGUGUGUUCCUUCUAUACUCAGUUUGCUGAGAGCUUUUAUCAUGAAGCGAUGCUGAAUUUUAUUGAAUGCUUUUUCAGCAUUUGUUGAAAUGAUUGUUUUUUUUCCUUGGUUCUGUUUAAUGUUAUAUGUUUAUUGAUAUGCAUAUGUUAAACCAUCCUUGCAACCUUGAGACACAUCCCACUUGAUCGUGGUGAAUGAUCUUUGUAACAUGUUGUUGAAUUUGGGUUGCUGGUCAUUUAUUUGUUGAGGAUUUUUGCAUCUGUGUUCAUCAGGGAUAUUGGCCUGUCGUUUUCUUGUUCUGCCGUAUCCUUGUCUGGUUUUUGUAGGAGGAUAAUGCCAUAUACAGUGACUUUGGAAGUGUACCCCCCUUCAGUUUUUUUGAAUAGUUUGAGUACAGUUGAUACUAGUUCUUCCUUAACUGUUGAUAGUUCAGCAGUGAAGCCAUCAGGACCUGAGAUUUUCUUUGAUGAAAGACAUUUUAUUACUGCUUUGAUCUGGUUACUUAUUGUCGAUCUGUUCAGGUUUUUCCAUUUCUUCAUGGCUCAGUCUUGCAGGGUGUUUGUAUCCAGGAAUUCAUCCCUUUCGUCUAGGUUUUCCAGUUCGUUGCUGUGUAGUUGUUCGUAGUAGUCCCUAAUGAUCCCUUGUAUUUCUGUGGUAUUGGUUGUAAUGUCUCCUUUUUUGUUUACUGAUUUUAUUUAUUUUGAUCUUUUUAAAAUUCUAGCUAAAUGUUUGUGGAUUUUAUGUUUUUGAAAUAAUUUUUUGUUUCAUUGAUCUUUGGUAUUUUUUUUUUUCAACUCAAUUUCAUUUGUUUCUGCUCUGGUCUCCUGAUCUCUGUUAUUUCUUUUCUUCUACUAAUUUUGGGUUUGGUUUGCUCUCACUUUUCUGGUACCUUGAGGUUCAUGGUUAGGUUAUUUGAAGUCUUCUGCUUUUUUUAGCGUAGGUGUUUGUUGCUAUAAACUUCCGUCUUAGCAACACUUUUGCUGAAUCCCAUAGACUUUGAUAUAUUGUGUUUCCAUUUCCGUUUGUUUGAAGAAAUUUAAAAAUUUUCUUAUUAAUUUCUUUAUUAACCCAUUGAUCAUUCAGGAGCGUGUUGUUUAAUUUCCAUGUGUUUGUGUAGUUUUUGAGGUUCCUCUUGUUACUGCUUUCUUGUUUUACUUCGAGUCAGAAAAGAUAAUAAGAUUUUGAUUUGUUGAAACUUGUUCUGUGGCCUAACAUAUGGUAUAUUCUGUAGAAUGUUCCAUGUGCCGAUGAGAAGAAUGUGUGUUCUGCAGGAGUUGGGUGAAAUGUUCCGUAAAUGUCAGUUAGACCUGUUUGAUCUAGCAUGUAGUUUCGCUCCAGUGUUUCUGUUGAUUUCUGGCUGGAAACACCCUACGGAGAGGGGGUGUUGAAGCCCCCUACUAUUAUUGUAUUGCAGUCUGCCUCUCACUUUCAAUCUAUCAGUGUUUGCUUUAUAUAUCUGGGUGCUCUGGUGUUGGGUGCAUAGAUAUUUAUAAUUGUUAUAUCUGCUUGCUGAAUUGACCCCUUUAUCAAUCGUAUAGUGACUUUCUCUGUGUCUUUUUACAGUCUGACCUGUAGUCUGUUUUGUGUAAGUAUAGCUCCUCCUGCUCUUUUUACAGUCUUUGACUUUUAGUCUGUUCUGUCAUCUGUAAGUAUAGCUAUUCCUGCUCUUUUUUUUUUUUUGGUUUCGGUUUACAUGGAAUAUGUUUUUCCACCCUUUGACUUUCAGUCUGUGUAUGUCUUUAUAGGUAAAGUCGGUUUCUUAUAGGUAGCGUAUAGUUUGAUCUUGUUUUUUAUCCAUUUAGCCACUCUGUGUUUUUUGCUUGUUUUUGAGACAGGGUCUCACUCUGUUGCCCAGGCUGGUGUGCAGUGGUGUGAUCAUAGCUCACUGUAGCCUUGAACUCCUGGGCUCAAGCAGUCUUCCCACCGCAGCCUCCUGAUAGUUAGGACUACAGGCGUGUGCCACCACACCUGGCUGUUUUGUUUGUUUAUUUAUUUAUUUUUUGUAGAGGCAAGGUCUGGCUAUGUUGCCGAGGCUGGUCUUGAACUCUUGGCCUCAGAUGAUCUUUCCACAUUGGCCUCCCGAAGCGCUGGGAUUACAAAUGUGAGCCACUGUGCCUGGCCUACUCUAUGUCUUUUAGUUGGAGAAUAUAGUACAUUUGCUUUCAAUAUUAUUAUGGAUAAAGACUUAAUAUUGCCAUUUUGUUGCUUGUUUUCUGAUUGUAACUCCUCUGUUCCUUUUUUACUGUCUUCCUUCGCAUGUGGUUAAGAGAUUUUCUCUGUUGGUAUGUUUUAAUUUGUUGCUUUGUAUUUUUAGUCUAUAUAUUAUAUGUAGUGACCAUCAGGCUUACAAAAAGCAUUUUAUACUUAUAACAAGUUAUUUAGUUAUUUUAGCUGGGCGUGGUGCUCUGUGACUGGACCCUAGGUACUCAGGAGGCUGAGAUAGGAGGAUUGCUGGAGCCCAGGAGUUUGAGGCUGCAGUGAGCUAUGAUCGUGCCAUCACACUUCAGCCUGGGUGACAGAGUGAGACCCCUCUCUUAAAAAACAAUCAUUUUAAACACAUGACACCUUAUCUGUGAUCACAGAGGAAAGAAUAGAAACAAAGGAGAAACUAAAGAAUUCUGUACUUUAACUCCAUCUUUCCCCCAAAUUUUCACGUUUUGUUAUUUCAAUUUAUUUCUUUUUAUAUUGGCUCUCUCUUUCCAGGUUGCUGUAGUUAUUAUUUUUGAUACAUUUUUCUUUUAGUCUUCACACUAGAGAUGUGAAUGAAUGCACACCACAUUCACAGUAUUAUUCUGAGCCUGUGUGUUUACUUUUCCCAGUGGGUUUUAUACUUCACAUGUUUUCUUUUUGUACAUUAGUGUCUUUUUCUUUCAGAUUGAAGAACUUUUUUUUAGCAUUUCUUGUAAGUUGGGUCUGAUGAAUUCCCUCAGCUUUACUCUUUCAUGUUUGAAGGUGUGUCCUCAGUUGACAGUUGCAUUUUUUUUUCCUUCAGCACUUUGAAUAUAUCAUCCCACUGCCUCCUGGCCUAUAUGGAUUUCCUGGAGAAGUCUGUUGCCAGUUACAUUGGAGCUCUUUUAUAAAUAUAUUUGCUGCUUUUUUCUUACUACUUGUACUACUUACUGCUUGUAGGAUUCUUUCUUUGUCCUUGACUUUUGAGAGUUUGAUUAUUAUAUUCUGUAGGGUAGUUUUAUUUGGGUUAAAUCUGUUUGGUGAUCUCUGACCUCCCUGUACCUGGACAUUUAUGUCUUUCUGAAGGUUUGAAAAUUUUUCUGUAAUUAUUUCUUUGAAUAAACUUUCUGCGCCUUCCUCUUGCUCGGUUCCUUCUUGAACCCCAGUAAUUCCUAGGUUUGCUCUUCUGAGGCAGUUUUCUGUAUCUUGCAUGUGUUCUUCAUUCCUUUUCAUUCUUCUUUUUUCUCUUCCCUCUUCUAUAUGUUUUCAAAUAACCAGUCUUCAGGCUCACUGAUUUUUUCCUCUGCUUGGUCCAUUCUGCUGUUGAGAGCCUCUAAUAUAUUUUUCAGCAAAUGUAUUUUUUACUUCCAGGAUUUCUGUUUGAUUUUUUUUUUAAAUUUCAAUCUCUGUUAAAUUUGUCUGACAAAUUGUGAGUUGUUUUUCUGUGUUUUAUUGGAGUUUGCUGAGUUUUUUUUAACUGUUAUCUUGAAUUCUUGAUUUGAGCGCUUACACGUUGCCAUCUCAUUAGGGUUGGCCACUGGCUCUUUGCUUUGUCUGUUUGAGAAGGUCGCGGUUUUCCGUUAGCUGUUGUUUCUUGUGCACAUAUGUCUGUGGUUUUGCAUUGAAGAAUUUGUUAUCCAGGCUUUCCUGUCUGGCUUUUUUUUUCUUGGAUGUUUGCUUAGAGGUUUUUUGCAGCUUACUUUCUGCCUGGAGUUUUUUUCACUUCUCUGGUCUCAUCCUCAGAUUUGAGUUCUGGAAUAUUGCUGGUGAUGUUCUUGGCGCUGGAUGUUUGGUUUUGGUUUUCUUUGAGAGGGUGAGGGAAGCCAGAUUGCUUCUACUUCUCUAUUUGGUGAUGUCAUUCCCUCUAUUAACUCUUUACUAUUUUUGAUGCUGUUGUAAAUGGUAUUGUUUUUAUGUUCACUUUUGAUUUCUCAUUGCUAGUAUACAGAAGUAGAAUUUAUUUUUGUAUAUUGAUCUUGUAUCUUGUAACCCUGCUAAACUCAUUUAUUCAUUCUAUUAGCUCUUUGUAGAUUCCAGUUAGAUUUUUUACCUAGACAAUUAUGUCAUUUGCAAAUAAAGAUCAUCCAUAUUUUGUUUUCUUGCUUUAUUGCACUGGCUACAGUCUUCAAUACAAUUGACAGGUUUUUUUAGUACUUGAGAUGUGAUGAGAACAGACAUCUUUUUUUGUUCCUGAUCUAAGGUAGGAAGCUUUUAGUCUCUUACCAUUGAGUGCAGUAUUAGGUAUGGGUGUUUCUUAGAUGCCCUUUAUCAGGUUGAAGAGAACAGUCUGGCUAGAGGCUUAUUAAUUUUAUUGAUUUUUCUCAAAGAAUCAGCUUCUGGUUUCAUUGACUUUCUGUUGUCUUUGUUUUUUAUGUCAUUGAUUUUCCAUUCGAUGUUUAUUUUUUUAUUUCUACUUUGGUAACUUUCUAUUUGUACUACCGAUUAUUGUGAGAGGGGCAUUGAAAUUUCCCACUGUAACUGAAUUUCUGUUUCUUGCUGUUCAGUCAGUUUUGGCUUCGUGUAUUUCGAAGCUCUGCUGUUAGGUAUAGAAACGCUCAGGAGAUUGUUAUGUCCUCUUGAUGAUUUGAUGCCUUUAUCAUUAUGAAAUGAUCUUUUUUUAUCCUUCAGAAUAUUCUCUGCUCUGAAAUCUGUCUUGUCUGAUAUUAAUAUAGCCACCACUUUUGUUUUUUUGAGACAGAGUCUCACUCUGUCUCUCAGGCUGGAGUGCAGAGGUACAAUCUUGGCUCACUGCAACCUCCGCCUCCUGGGUUCAAGUGAUUUUCAUGCCUCGGUCUCCUGAGUAGCUGGGAUUACAGGCGCCUGCCACCAUGCCCAGCUAAUUGUUUUUGUAUUUUUAGUAGAGAUGGGGUUUCACCAUGUUGGCCAGGCUGGUCUUGAACUCCUAAUCUCAGGUGAUCCACCCAUCUCGGCCUCCCAAAGUGCUGGGAUUACAGGUGUGAGCCACUGUGCCUGGCUAAUUUUUUUUGUGUGUUUUUAGUAGAGAUGGGAGUUUCGCCAUGUUGGCCAGGCUGGUCUUGAACUCCUGACCUCAAGUGAUCCACCCACCUCCCAAAGUGCUGGGAUUUCAGGUGUGAGCCACCGUGCCCGGCCCAUUUGUCUCAAUUUCUGUUUUCUUUUUUCCUCUCUCGCCUCUUUAGGAUUGAAUAUUUUUAAAUGAUUCUACUGUAUCUUCUUUGUUAGCUUAUUGUCUACAACUUUUGGGAGAGGUUGCUUUAGGGUGUAUAGUAUGUCUUUAAGUGAUGACCUUACAAUAAUGCAUUUAUGUUUUUCUUAUCCUGAUCCUUGUGCCAUCAUCAUCAUGAUACAUUUUACCUUUACAUAUUUUAUAACCUCCAGAUAAACUUUUUUUCCUUCAUAGUUAUCUUUUAAAGAAAUAUAAAAUACCAGAAAAAAAGUUGUAUAUAUUUUCCCAUCAGUUUACCAUCCACACCUUCUCAUUUCUUUGUGUAGGUCCAGGUUUCUUUCUGGUGUGAUUUUACUUCUGUCUGAAGGAUUUCCUUUAACAUGUAUUGUAAGGCAGGUUUGCUAGUGAUGAAUUCUUUCAGCUUUUGGUUGUCUGAAGAUGUCUUUAUUUCACCUUUGUUUUGAAAGGUAUUUUCUCUACGUGUAGAAUUCCAGAUUGACGGGGUUUUUUAGUGCUUGAGAGGGGUUGGUCUCCCUUUCUCACUUGCGUGGUGUCUGAUGAGCCGUCUGCGGUCGUGUUUGUUUGUUCCUCUGCUGCUUCCAGGAUUUUCUCUCUCUCAGUGCUUUUGAGCAACUUGAUUAUGAUGGACCUUGGUAUGGUUUUCUAUGUGUUCCUUGUGCUUGUAGUUCAUUGAGAUUUUUGGAUCUGGGUCUUUGUAGUUUUCAUGAAAUUUGCAUCAUUUUGAAACUUCAUAUCUGCAGGUGUUUUUUCUGUCCCUCUACUCCUCAGGACCUCAGGCACGCGGGUAUCAGGCAUGCAGUUAUCAGGCACAUGGGCCUAAGGCACACAGGUAUCACGUGGGUAUCAGGCACGCAGUUAUCAGGCACGCGGGUGUCGGGCAGGCGGGUGUCGGGCAGGCGGGUGUCGGGCAGGUGGCUGUCGGGCACGCGGGUGUCAGGCUCCUUGGCUUUGCCCCACCGCAGCUCAGUAAAGCUUUGUGCCUGUUUUGCGGUUUCUGUUGCUGUGUCUUCGGGUUCACUCAUCUUUUCUUCUGCAAUGUCUAAUCUGCUGUUCAUCCCACUCAGUAGUUUUCAUAGUUUUCACUUCCGCAAGUUGAGUUUGGAUCGUUUUAAAAAAUAUCUUUCGUGUUUCAGCUUAGAUUUAAUGUCUUGUCUGCUAAUUCUAACAUUGGGUCAGUUUGAGUUGACUGAUUUUUCUUCUCAUUAGGGGGUCUGUUUUUUUGCUUUGUAGGCCUGGCAAUUUUUGGAUGAUAUAUAUAUAUAUUUUUUUCUUUUUCUUUUAUUUUAUUAUUACACUUUUAAGUUUUAGGGUACAUGUGCACAAUGUGUAGGUUAGUUACAUAUGUAUACAUGUGCCAUGUUGGUGUGCUGCACGCAUUAACUCGUCAUUUAGCAUUAGGUAUAUCUCCUAAAGCUAUCCCUCCCCCCUCCCCCCACCCCACCACAGUCCCCUUCCUGUGUCCAUGUGUGAUGGACACAGAGUGUGAUGUUCCCCUUCCUGUGUCCAUGUGUUCUCAUUGUUCAAUUCCCACCUAUGAGUGAGAACAUGCGGUGUUUGGUUUUCUGUUCUUGCGAUAGUUUACUGAGAAUGAUGAUUUCCAAUUUCAUCCAUGUCCCUACAAAGGACAUGAACUCAUCAUUUUUUAUGGCUGCAUAGUAUUCCAUGGUGUAUAUGUGCCACACUUUCUUAAUCCAGUCUAUCAUUGAUCAACAUUUGGGUUGGUUCCAAGUCUUUGCUAUUGUGAAUAGUGCCGCAAUAAACAUACGUGUGCAUAUGUC